AGAAACAGACAGAUUUUGAAAAGGUUUGGACAUAGGAGAUGCAUGAUAUGGAUAUAAAUAAUAUAUAAUGGAUGAUUUUCUAAUAUUUUUUUUUUAUAUAUUAUUAUUAUUUGGGCAAUCACACUGAAUAUUUUGGAUAUGAGCCAGUUGAGGGAAAUUACUGUAGCCAUGUGUGCGUUAAGUUAAUGAGGAAGCAAAAGAUUUGCAGGUUAUGGCGACCAAGCUGUGAGGGAAAAUUUAAGGGUCUGCUCGGGACUUGGCAUCAAAGCAUUAAAUACUAGUCAACUUUUUUCCUUUUUAAAAAAAAAAACUAUUUUCUAUAAUUUUUUCUUUAGUGCAGAUAACAAACUUUUCUUGCUUUAGUCCCAACCAGGUUGCUGAAAGAAUUGCCGCCCGGAUUGCUGAAGGAUUCAGUGAUGCUGCCCUUAUAAUGGUAUUGGAAGCUUGUUUCGUGAAUGUUCUUAUUUGUUUUUGUGGUUUUUUUUUGUUUUUGUUUUUUUGUGUGAAUGUUCUUAUCUCUUUGGCACUUAUCUCCUUUGCCUUCCUUAACACACAUCUUCAACUGCUCGCUCUCUCUUCUGGCAUUGUCCCUGCUGACCUUAAACAUGCCACUGUAGUACCUAUCCUGAAAAAACCCAGCUCUCGACCCGUCCUCCCCCUCUUACUAUUAUCCCAUAUCCCUGCUCCCUUUUUCCUCAAAGCUUCUGGAAAUACUUGUCUUUACCCGUAUGUCUCAAUUCCAACUCUCUCCUUGACCCUCUUCGAUCUGGCUUCAGCCCCUCCACUCUACAGAGACUGCUCUUAUCAAAGUUACUAACGACCUAAUCGCAGCUAAAUCCAAAGGCCACUACUCCAUACUAAUUCUUCUUGACCUCUCUGCUGCCUUUGACACCGUUGAUCAUGCUCUCCUUCUUCAAACUCUUUUUAAUCACUCUCUGUGACACAGUCCUCUCUUGGUUUUCCUCCUAUCUCUCCCAACGCCCAUUCAGUGUCUCAUUUUCUAAUGAUACCUCCUCUCUUUGUCCUGUCUCGUUUGGAGCCUCCCCAAGGCUCUAUCUUUGGUCCCCUUCUAUUUUCUGUUUAUACUGUCUCUUUUGGCAAACUUAUUACCUCAUUUGGAUUCCAUUACCACCUAUACGCUGAUGACACCCAGAUGGAUCUCUCCUCCCCUGACCGCUCCCCUUCCGUUCUGCAGCGUGUCACUGCUGGCCUUUCUUCCAUCUCUGACUGGAUGUCCUCCCGCUAUCUGAAACUCAGUCUCUCUAAAACUGAGCUCCUUGUCUUUCUUCUUCCUAAUAGUGAUCCACCCCUUUCGCUCUCCGUUCAAGUUAGUGGUAUCCACAUCAGUCCAUCAUUGCAAACGCGCUGUCUUGGCGUCAUACUUGAUUCUGGCCUCACCUUUGAGCCUCACAUCCAGUAUGUUGCCAAAUCCUGUAGAUUCCAUCUUAAAAACAUAGCCCGCAUCCGCCACUUUCUUACAUAAGAUGCUACUAAGGAGCCUGUCCAUGCUAUAGUAAUCUCUUGCAUGGAUUAUUGUAACCCUCUCCUAAUUGGUCUUCCCAAAAACCAUAUUGCCCCGCUACUGUCUGUAAUGAAUGCUGCCACCAGACUGAUUUUCCUCUCUAGUCGGUCCUCUUACACCUCACCCCUCUGUCAGUCCUUACAUUUGCUUCCUGUAUCCUAUAGGAGUCCAUUCAAAGUGCUAACCCAUACCUAUAAAGCACUGAACAAUUCUAGCCCCUCUUAUCUCUUCACAGAUCCAUAGGUAUGCCGCUUCUCGGUCUCUCCACUCUGCUUCUCCUGUCCGCUGCUCGCACGCGUACGGCCAACUCACGCUUCCUAUGUAAUAGUCUGCCUACCGCCAUCAGACUCUACCCUAGUCUUCAAUCAUUUAAGAGGUGCCUUAAAACCCAUCUCUUUAUGGCCUCCGAGAGUAACCUCUACCUCACAUUCCUGGCUCUCUCCUAAAGGGCAGCACUCUACUCUCUCCUCCAGCUCUGCUUCACUCCCACCUAUUGUGAUUGCUACCGCCUGUCCUGUUGUGUUUUACACACCACCUCCUGUAGACUGUAAGUUCAUUUGAGCAGGGCCCUCUUCAACCUAUCGUUCCUGUAAGUUUUCUUGUAAUUGUCCUAUUUAUAGUUAAAUCUCCCCUCUCGUAAUAUUGUAAAGCGCUAAGGAAUCUGUUGGCGCUAUAUAAAUGGCGAUAAUAAUAAAACACUAUUUGUAGUUAGAGUACAGUGAUGGCUAAUUAUGCUUAGUCAGACUUUAAUGUACAGUUGAGCAGUAACUGCUAUAAUGCGUACUGUAUGUUUUGUAGAUAUGAAUAUUUUAUCUUUUUAUUGGCUGACAUAGCAUUUCAAUCAUUAUUCACCUGGUUACAUGCAUCUUGUAUAUACUGGGUAAUUCACUGAUAUUUCAAAAAGCAUUAUCAAAAUGCUUUUAUACAACUUACCGGUUUUAGUAAUUGAUGCAAAUCAUUUGAACCAUUUUUCCAUUAAAACAAUGAAUAUUGUUUUUGCCUGUGGUGGCUGAUCUCUCUAACGCUCUCUGUAACAGGAUUGAACAGGACAAGUGGUAGAUAUACAUAGUGUCGCAUAGUAUCUAUAUUCUCUCCUGACUCAGCCCCAGGCGAUCACAGCCCGAGGGAGCUGAACCAGGACAUAAGAUACAGUUACUUUACGACUCUAGCAGUGAGAGCAGGAGACUGUAUUCUAGAAGGUUGCCUAGGGACCCAGAAAGAAAACAAACGGGGAGCAGUCUCCGUGCAAUUUAGACACAUUACCGUCUCCUAGUAAUGUAUAUCUGCACAGUAGGUUUCUAAUUGUGAGUUACUGAUUGUAGAUGUCACCCUUCUAAACCAUGAUUUUGACUGAGGUACUUAGCUUCUGUCAAGGCUGUUGUACCCUACAUCAGCCACCAUGGUUAGCCAUAGUCUGGCCAUGUUUGGUAGUCAUUCUACUCUAGCUAAAUUAUUAGGGCAGGUAACAUUUUUCUUAGCUUUUGAUAGUAAAUACAGCUUUCAUCAAAAUGUCAGUGCUUGAUUGGAGUUUUUUAAUCCAGUGUUUUUGUGGUAGCUACCAUAAAACCCCACACAUCCAGCCAUAAUGUGGUAUGAGCAUGUAAAAUCCCUUGCAUUUUCAGAUUUGCCAGCUAUUAAACGUUAUUUAAUUAAUAUUACUACGAUUUAUUAUAUUCUUUUUGGGAGAUUAUCUGAAGGCCUCAAAGCUAAGUUUUCUCAUUUGACAACCAGAGCAAAUUAUCUGAAGACCUGUUCCCCCACAAAAAUGUGUUUAUUUACUAAACCGUUCUUGCAGUGAAUUCAAAAUAAACUAAAUUCUCCAACUUGGCUCCUGGUUUAGUGAAUAAAUGUGUGGCUCAGUGGUGGCUUACCUGAGUGCUGUGAUGUUCAUUCAGUCCUAACCACCUUUCCACUGUUCUGGAUAUUCUCUGUCUCAAACUGUGAUCCAAAAGUUAUGGUGGUAAAUUUUACUUAUUUAUUUGUGUGUUUGUUUGUGUUUUUUUUUUCACAUUGUCAAAAUAAAACAUUUUAAUUGCUUUGUUAGAUCAAUCAAUAGAGCAAAAUAUUGCGAACACUUUGGCUCUCAGGAAUCGCAUCUACCUGACAUUGUAUGUAGACAGCCAGCAGUAAUGGAGAGCUGGCAUUGAAUGGGCGGUGCAGGGUUUGGGUACACAGCACUAGGUGAAAAUAUGAGCAUCAAUUUUAAAAUUUUUCUGAAAAAGCUGUUCAAAUGAUUUAAUAUUUAAAAAAAUAAUUUAACAUUUGGAAUUUAAAUAUAUAUAUUUCAUAUGUGACAUAUUGUUUGAUAUUUUACAAUUUUUUUUGAAAAAUCAUUUUAAAAACCUCUCCAAAACUAUUUAGUCGAGGCCUUAGUGAUUGUUCAGGAUGACAAAGAGUUUAGAGGAAACAAUACUUUUGAAGUGAUGUUUUAUUUCUGCUACUUUGCACCAGAAUACUAUUUAAACAAGUGUGUUUGGUAACAUGGCAGUGCUUUCUCUUUGACUAGGUGGACAACACAAAAUUCUCCAUGGACUGCAUAAUUCCUUCAAUUAAUGUUUAUGAGCACCACGACAACCGGUGGAAAUGCAGGGAUCAGCAUGAGUGAGUACACAUGUGCGCUGUUAAGAGUAUUGACUGCUCCACCUAGUGGCGACAACCAGUUCCACAACUUGGGCAAAUAUUUUUUUAUAUUUAACCAUAACUACAUCCCCCAGCAAGAAGUACAUAUUCUGUAUUAAUAAAUCAUACAGAACUGUACACAUUGAUCUUUUUGUAAUGUCCUUUUUUUAUUUUAUUAUUAUUUUUUUUUUUUUAUAGUAAAUCUUAAUUGGAAGGCAAAAUCAAUGAGUCAAUGCCAGAACACAUUUCAGUGUUCUAAUACAGAAUACCUCCUUUUUUUGUGUAGUGAGCAAGGCCUCUUACUAUGUAAUCAUUCUGCUGCAACCAUUUAAUCUUGUAAAAGGAGGACAACAUAUACUGAAUGAACAUACUAGAAAGUACCCAAGUGCACGUAUCGUGAAUAUGCGGUAUACCGUAUACUUAAUAUCGUCCUGUGCAGCCAGAGCAGUAAACAAAUGAAAAAAUUAUUACACAUCGAAACAGAAAUAUAAGAAAAAAGAAAAAUUGAGGGGGGAAAAAAUAUGUCAAAGCCGUUCAGGUUAGUGGUUUACUGGACCCCAAAAAGGCUGUUCCCAGCACAAACGGUGUGAUGUUGUUAACAGACCACGUGGGGUGGUUCACUGCUAGCAUGGAUACUUACGGAAGCCUCAUCUCCUGAGGUACAGCAGGUGUCUCUGUAAGUUAUAGGAUAGGUCUUGUCACGGUUUUCCCACGAGGAGCCUGUGGGUAUCCCACUGAUAUGAAUCUGUCAGUGACUUUCUCCAUACAAUUGUAUUUCUGGAUAAGUCCCGAUAAAGGUAGCUGUGUGCUAAAGGUACCUGGGGUAAAACCUGCAUUAUGAAAGUCAGGCUGUUCUUGUGCUUUCGUGAGCACCAUCUUAGCGGUCACUGGCGUAGGAGCCUGUUUCAAGAAAGUCACAAUAUCACGUGAUAUGGAGCCCAGAUCAACCCCGUGCUUCUUCGAUUUCUUCCCCAUCUGUAGCUGGACUGAUGGUUCCCCAAGCCAGCUCUGUGGGUACAUUUAUUUCUACACAAAGAUCUUUUAGGUUAGCAGUUCAGUGUGGAGCUCCAGCAACCUCUCACUAGGGUGCUGGCUCCGCCCCCUGCACCACUUGAUCUUACGUGUUUUAUGUUACAUGUUACUGUAAGCGCCAUAACCACUACAGCUCAUUGUACAGUUUAUGGUGCCCUGGGUCUGUGGCCAUAAUAUUUUGGUUUUCUGGUAUUGUACAGGCUUCACAUGCACUUUAGCUGUCCAAAGAUGUUCAGUCUUAAAUGUUGGUGAUGGGCAGUGAACCCUGGGAUAUCAUUUAGGCUCUAGGAUUGAUUGCACCACUGGGGUCUGGGAUGAACUCAAUGCUGCCUGUGCAAAUACCAGCGAUUUCAAAUGCAUUUAUAUUUAUAUGUAAGAUACAUUUUUAUGUAUUGUUCCUUUUUAAAGCAGUGCUUCACAUACCACAAGGACCAGCAAAAGUCCAUGUUGUAUCUGUUUCCCCAUUAGAACAUAACUGGAUAUUGUGUGUAUCCUGGAUCUGAUAUUUGAUAUCAUAUCAGAAGAUCGAGGUUAAUCUUCUAUGGCUUGUGGUUUUUGUAUUUUGUUUCACUGGUCAGCUGAGGAAGAUGCUUAGAAAUAAGAGAGAGAUAGAUAUAUUUGAAAUUUAGAAUUUAAUGAAUAAGACUUUCCUUUGUUACCUCGUUAUAGCUUCACUUUAUGUAUUAGACAAACAGACAAAUUAGAGCUAAGUAUGACAAGUUUAAUUUGUAAUUAAAGCACCCAACCAAUGUUGCCAUCUUUUUUAUACCAUUCAUACUUCUCAUAAUAUAUUCCCUUAGUUUAUUAUAGAUUGCUAUUUAAGUUGAUUUAAAAUAUGCCAGGAAGGGGUUUCUUGUUUUAGCCAAAAUCUAGAAAUUGCGACUUUAGCAGCCAUAGACAAAUUAAUUAGUAAAUAUAUUUUUUUGAGUCGGUAUACCUGAAAAGUUAAAAUAGAACAUCAUAACAUUCCCCAAUUCAUUGACUAGUAACUUAACUAAUUCUUUUAUUAUCAUCCUCUAUAUCUUAUUCAACAGAUGGCAGUCCCACCAAAUAUGCUUCGAACUACUCGUGCAACACGCUUACACCUCCAAUAAAGUGGAGAGUCUGCGAGAUUUAUUUUACUCAUAAUUUUAGGGACAAGAUGCCACUGAUGGAGUAUUUUAUAUUAAAGUUUGCUAAGGUUCAAACAAUGUAGUGUUUUUUUUUUUUUUUGUGUGUUUUUUUUUUUAUAAUUCUUUAUUUUGUCAAUGACAGAUAUAAUUAGGCAAUGCAAUUUUGUGGCUUGCGCAGAAGCCACGAUAUCAUGCAGGCAGCUUAUACGUUAUUACAGUUACAUCGUUUGAGAAUUACACCUGUCUGUCAUCGUUUUUCAACAUUACAGUAAGAACAACACUUAGAUAACUUAUAACUUAUAACAUAAGAAGUUACUCUUUAACAGGGCCUUUGAGUUGCCGUCGCGGUGCAGCGGCUUUGGCGUGUUGAGCUUCUAGGUCGGGUUACCGGAAGGCCCGACCUGGUAUUGGGGAAGGGGUAGAUUAACCUAAAAAGAGGGGGGGUGUGUGUGUUUUUUUGUGAAAAUCUAGACUUUUACCAUUGAUUGAUAUGUACAGGGGUUCAAAAAUCUUUAUCCCAAUUAUUCCAAGCUUUAGGUUUUUGAUCUUUAUCGUCUAUUCUUAAACUUUCAUAACAGAAGGAAUUGGUCUUAGAAUUAAAAUCCUUCUCAAACAGUUUGUUCGUUUUUUGGUUUUUUUUUAUUUUUUUUAAUUUAGAAUAUUAUGGUUGUCGCUUAGAAUAUGAUUUCCUGUGUAGUUUUUUACUCUAGGAUAAGUAAAAAUCUAUUUGGAAGAUAUAUUAGAAGUCUGCUGCAGUUGUGCGAAAGGUUUUUAUCUUAUCAAGUGUAAUAUCCGAAAUUCACCUGAUACCAGCUCCAAACCAGUUUUUUUUAACGUUUAAAUCUCUUCUAUUACCUUGAAUAGUAGUGAUGGGACUACCUUUUAGAGAUUUUGUUUAAGAUCCUAUUCUUUAUUUAAACCAAUCAUAGUAUAGGUUUUUGUAUUUAUUACAUCACUUUGUCUCAUUCCAGGAAUUUCUUUGAAGACUGGCCAGAGGCACAAAGAAUUUCUGCAUCCCUCAUGGACAGCAGGUCUUAUGAGUCCCUUGUGGAUUUUGACAGCCAUCUUGACGACCUCCGUAAUGACUGGGCCAAUCCAGAUAUCAACAAAUCAAUCAUCCAUCUAUGCUAAGAUUGCAGAGAUCUCUGGCUCAAUCCGUGAUAUGCAAGCUGACCUCUGAAUGUAGUAACCGUUGGAUUAAGAAACAUCUCUACCCAGAUGGGGAUGAGCAACUCAAGAUGGCAGUAUGGUACCUGGCAGGGAGAGCUCCUUAUGCAGCUAGUUUUCUCACUGAUAAGCUAUUUAAGAGCAGUGAAGGCGUUUCAUGUCCGUCUGUGUCAUAGAGAACGGGGAAAUAGCCAGCAGAUUCUGCAAAGUUCUGACAGCCCUCUUUUAAAAUUGUAUCUUGAUUUUCUAUAAUAAGAAGAUAAUUUCUAAGGAUUUUUCCAGUUUUCUCAAAUGGCAUCUACAAGAGGUUUCAAAAAAAAAAAAAGACUUUUUAAUGUUCAAAACUUUUCCGAUGCUGUGUGAUUUAGUAUCUGGUUUGUUAUAGAGCUUAAAAUAUAUUGAAUUCUAAGUGAUUAACCACACUAUGUUUGGCACAACAUGAAAUAUAGGAUUUAAUCACUGCUUGUUUUGUUUCGGUUUUCCUCUUGUCUCUCUGUAAUGAGAAAAAAAAAAAAAUGUUUAGGAAUUUAAUAAUUUUUAAAUGGUUCUUUCUCUCCAGAGAUCACUGGUAUAACAGGCUGCUUUGUAUUCAAUUAUGGGCAAAAGCCUUUGGCGUGAAUAAGAUAUAUUUUGAUCCAUGUUUUGCAUGAGACUGGGAAGUGGUUGUACAGCUGAUAUUGUACCACUAUGGUUGUGUUUAUUUCUGUGAACCACCCAGAGCCUUUCCUAAAAAAAAAAAAAAAAGUAUGUUUUGGUUUAAUGUCACUGCCGUACUUGUAGUGUGUUUCAACCUCGUUUCUACAAGCAAAUCGUACCUUCCUUCUUCCCAUCUAGUUAAUUUUUAGACGGCUUUACUGUGCGACUUGAGGUUUUUUUUGUUUCGUUUUUUUAGAAUAUUCUAUUUACUCUGUUGCAUCUUAAAUGUUUUUGACCCGCACAGCAUGUCUUACCAGCAAUGUGAAAGUUUAAAUUAUUUUCUUGCUUUUCUUCUCCUUUACACUAUUGAUGAUUUCCACACAUUACUCCUUUUUAUGAAAAAUUUAAAUUCUGAUGAUGGUAGGUCCGUUACAGAGUUUGUGUAUAAUGUAAUUCUUCGAUACACUACUAUAAUCCGUGGAGCAGUUUUGCCAUACACAAGUUAAAGGGGAACUGUCACUUUUUUAUUUUCUUUUAACAGGAUUUUUACCAUUAUGUUUAUUUAUCCCCUGUAUUAAACAAAAAAUAAAUUUAAAUGUAGAAAACGAAACCUGUCUAUCCUGGAACUGAAAACUCUGUAUUGACUCCCUGUCGGUCAUUGAACUGUGGUUUGAAUUUCUAAAUAGUUGAUACAUGUUUAAAAGAAAACUGAGUGAGCAUCACAUGAGGGGAACAAAAAAAUGUGGAUUUUUU